CCUCGGUCCCUCACUGUAUUUUUACCGGAAGGGGAGAGAGAGAGGAGGCCGGCGUGGCUGAAUUAACGAAUGUGUCGGAGUGAAGAAUUUCACUGCUUGAAGCGGGGAGGCUGUCUGUACACGUUAAGCGAUUGCGAGAUAAGCGUCUGAUAAGUUUGACCGGCAUUUCGAAACUGGUUGAUCGCUUGACCGCAGUCUGGAAUGGAGGGAUUUUUUUCAAAAGACAAAACUGGAUUAUCCUUGUGAAAGAAGAUUCAAUGAUGGAGCCUGUCCAUAUUAAACAGGAGAGUCCUGUACUAGAAUCAGUCUAUAUUAAACGUGAGAGUCCUGAACUAGAAUCAGUCCAUAUUAAAGAGGAGAGUCCUGAACUAGAAUCAGUCCAUAUUAAAAGGGUUAUUGUUAAUUAUAACCCCUUAAGUAGCUUGCAGGGCUCUCUUACCUGUGCUGACUGUGGGAAGAGUUUCAGUCAGUCGGGCACUUUGAAAAGACACCAGCGAAUCCACACUGGAGAGAAACCACAUCACUGUGCUGACUGUGGGAAGAAUUUCAGAGAGUCAAGGGACUUUCAAAUACACCAGCGAAUCCACACUGGAGAGAAACCAUAUGCCUGCUCUGAGUGUGGGAAGAGUUUCACACAGUCCCAAAGCCUGAAACGUCACCAGCGAACCCACACUGGAGAGAAACUACAUAUCUGUGGCGACUGUGGGAACAGUUUCAGUCAGUUACAAAACCUGCAACUUCACCAGCGAAUCCACACUGGAGAGAAACCAUAUGCCUGCUCUGAGUGUGAGAAGAGUUUCAGAGAUUUACAAAGCCUGAAACUUCAUCAGCGAAUCCACACUGGAGAGAAACGAUAUGUCUGUUCUGACUGUGGAAAGAGUUUCAGCUGGUCAAGCACAUUGAAAAGACACCAGAGAAUUCACACUGGAGAGAAACCGAAUGUUUGUGCUGUGUGUGGGAAGAGUUUCACACGUUUGCAAAACCUGAAACUUCACCAGAGAAUCCACACUGGAGAGAAACCGCAUGGCUCUCUGUCCUGUACAGAAUGUGGGAAGAGUUUCACAUGUUUACAAAACCUGAAACUUCACCAGCGAAUCCACACUGGAGAGAAACCGUAUGUCUGUGCUGACUGUGGAACGAGUUUCACACGCUUACAAAACAUGAAACUUCACCGGAGAAUCCACACAGGAGAGAAACCAUAUGUCUGUGCUGACUGUGGGAACAGUUUCACACGUUUACAAAGCUUGAAACUUCACCAGAGAACUCACACAGGAGAGAAACUGAAUAUAUGUGCUGACUGUGGGAAGAGUUUCACACGUUUACAAAGCUUGAAACUUCACCAGAGAACUCACACAGGAGAGAAACCAUAUGUCUGUGCUGACUGUGGGAAGAGUUUCAGACGUUUACAAAGCCUGAAACUUCACCUGAGAACUCACACAGGAGAGAAAUCAUAUGUCUGUGCUGACUGCGGGAAGAGUUUCAGACAUUUACAAAGCCUACAACAUCACCAGAGAACUCACACUGGAGAGAAACCUUAUGUCUGUGCUGACUGCGGGAAGAGUUUCACACGUUUACAAAACCUGAAACUACACCAGAGAACUCAUACAACAGAGAAACCAUAUGCCUGUGCUGACUGUGGGAAGAGUUUCAGAGAUUUACAAAACCUUAAACGUCACCACCGAAUCCACACUGGAGAGAAACCUCAUGUCUGUCCUGACUGUGGGAAAAGUUUCAGACUUUUACAAAACCUGAAACUUCACCAGAGAACUCACACAGGAGAGAAACCGUAUGUCUGUGCCGACUGUGGGAAGAGUUUCACACGUUUACAAAGCCUGAAACUUCACCAGAGAACUCACACAGGAGAGAAACCUCAGUCCUGUACAGAAUGUGGAAAAAGUUUAAUACAGUCACAAAACCUGAAACAUCACCAGCGAAUCCACACUGGAGAGAAACCACAUGUCUGUGCUGAGUGUGGGAAGAGUUUCAGUCUGUUACAAAACCUGAAACGUCACCAGCGAAUCCACACUGGAGAGAAACCGCAUGUCUGUGCUGAUUGUGGGAAGAGUUUCAGUCAUUUACAAAACCUGAAAAUGCACCAGCGAAUCCACUCAGGGGAGAAACCGCAUGUCUGUGCUGAUUGUGGGAAGAAUUUCAGUCAUUUACAAAACCUGAAAAUGCACCAGCGAAUCCACACUGGAGAGAAGCCACAUGUUUGUGCUGAGUGUGGGAAGAGUUUCAAUCAGUUACAAAACCUGAAACGUCACCAGCAAACCCACAGUGGAGAGAAACCGCAUUUCUGUGUUGACUGUGGGAAGAGUUUCAAAGAUUUACAAAACCUGAAACUUCACCAGCGAAUCCACACUGGAGAGAAACUGCAUAUUUGUUCUGAGUGUGGGAAAAGUUUCAAAGAUUUACAAAAUCUAAAGCUUCACCUGCUAAUCCACACAGGAGAGAAACUGCAUGUUUGUGCUGAGUGUGGGAAGAGUUUCAUGCAUUUACAAAACCUGAAAGUUCACCAGAGAACUCACACAGGAGAGAAACCGUAUGUCUGUGCUGACUGUGGGAAGAGUUUCAGACAUUUACAAAGCCUGAAACUUCACCACAGAACUCACACAGAAGAGAAACCAUAUGUCUGUGCUGACUGUGGGAACAGUUUCAGACAUUUACAAAGCCUGGAACUUCACCUGCUAAUCCACACAGGAGAGAAACUGCAUGUUUGUGCUGAGUGUGGGAAGAGUUUCAUGCAUUUACAAAACCUGAAAGUUCACAAGAGAACUCACACAGGAGAGAAACCGUAUGUCUGUGCUGACUGUGGGAAGAGUUUCAGACAUUUACAAAGCCUGAAAGUUCACCAGAGAACUCACACAGGAGAGAAACCGUAUGUCUGUGCUGGCUGUGGGAAGAGUUUCAGACAUUUACAAAGCCUGAAACUUCACCAGAGAACUCACACAGAAGAGAAACCAUAUGUCUGUGCUGACUGUGGGAACAGUUUCAGACAUUUACAAAGCCUGGAACUUCACCAGCAAAUCCACACUGGAGACUAACCAUGGUCCUGUACAAAAUGUGAAAAGAGUUUCAGCCAGUUACAAAACCUGAAACUUCACCAGCGAAUCCACACUGGAGAGAAACCACAUGUCUGUGCUGACUGUGGGAAGAGUUUCACACAGUCACAUAGCCUGAAACUUCACCAGCGAAUUCACACUGGAGAGAAACCGCAUGUUUGUGCUGACUGUGGGAAGAGUUUCAGAUGUUCACAAAGCCUGAAACUUCAUCAGCGAAUCCACACUGGAGAGAAACCGCAUGUCUGCGCUGACUGUGGGAAGAAUUUUAGACAUUUACAAAACCUGAGGCUUCACCAGCGAAUCCACACUGGAGAUAAACCGCAUGUCUGUGCUGACUGUGGGAAGAGUUUCAGAGAUUUACAAAGCCUGAAACGUCACCAGCGAAUCCACACUGGAGAGAAACCAAAUGUUUGUGCAGACUGUGGGAAGAGUUUCAGUGAGUCAAGCUAUUUGAAGAGACACCAGGUAAUCCACACAGGAGAGAAACCAUAUCUGUGUAGUAAAUGUGGGAGAUGUUUCAAUCAGUUAGCAAAUCUUAAAACCCACCAGUUAUUAAUUCACACUGGAGAGAAGCCACAUCACUGUAAUGACUGUGGAAAGAGUUUCAGACAGUUGGGUGACUUGAAAAUACACCAGCGAAUCCACAGUGGAGAUGAACCGCAUGUCUCUCACAGGAGAGAAUCCACAUUUACACAUUACUGCAAAAUAACUGUGGGAAGAGUUUCAGAUGGAUAUACAGCUUGAAAAGGCACCAGCGAUUCCACACAGGAGUAAAUCCUUAUCGUCCAACCUUUUCCCUUAACAUUAAAGAUCUACUCAAAGGACUGGAUCUUGGUAACAGAGGGUCAUAAAGAUUUCUGUUAAUUUUAGUUCAGAUUACCUGCCAGUCUGGUCUAAACAAACAUAUCUGAUUCUUAUCUCUUAAUUAAGAAAGUCUGUCUGAAAGCCAGUAUACAAUUUUCUUCCUAUAAUGGGUUAAGAAUUGCGACACCUGGUGGAUACGAGGUGCCAUGACUUUCAACCCAUGAAAUUAAUUGUUAUCCUGAAACAUGUCAAUGAAACUAACAUUUUUAUCCUUCUGUGAUGAAUAUAACUAGCUAGCACAAAAUGAAGUUUUGUUAUAUAAAUGUUUCGAAUCCUACUCCCCUCUGUCUUUCUCUCUCUCUGGAGGAGGGUCGCUGCCUGUGUUAAUGACGCACAUUGCUUGUGUAAAAGGAAGCGCUGUUUAAACUUUGUAAGCCAACAAGACCACAUCUCCAGAACAAGUCUUACUGUACAUAGACUUUAAGAUUCAAGUAAAAUAAUGUGUGUAAAAAAAAAUCUACAUGCAAACCAGAGGUAAAAUCAUUUAAUACAGAGCAACACUUUGUGAGAUUAAAAAUACAAACAAUUCUACAUUGAACAAUUGAAACACGAUAAGACUUGAAUUGAACAUCGGAACCAUUUAACCCUUUGCGGUCCUAUGUUGAACCAGAUCCGACAUUACAAUUUUCCCUUUCCUGUCCGACAUCAUCAAAAAGACGUAAAGCACAGGUCUCUAGAGAAAACCGUUCAAUGGCAGAGUGAAACCGAUAGGAGCCGAAUGAAGACGAAAAAAGGGCAUCUCUCAUAGCCUCAUGCACUACAGAGAUAACACAGACAUAACAAAGGAGAGAGCUGCUUCUGCAUCCAGCGCUCAGAAUAUCACAGACCUCUGCUGAUCUUUCUGAGAUGUUACAGUAAUAAAAUAAUGACUCAGAUCGCAUUAUUGAGGAGUUUGGUGAUAAAACGAGUGAUCAGG